GGUCCCGUUUGCUGCUCGUGAGUGCUCGUACCUUGUUCCCUUAACCAUGGCCCGAAGUGUAGCUUUGAGCUUUGCUGUGCUGCUGGCAGUGUUCGAAAUUGGUUCAUGCCUGCGGUGCUACCAAUGUAAUUCGGAAUCGGAUCCCUACUGCCGCGACCCUUUCCAGGCUGGAUCCAGGAAUUUCGUGGACUGCUUCACUCAGGACGCUGUGAACUAUAACAAAGCGUAUUUGAGCCACAUCUUCGAGCCCCGUAUGCUGGAGUCCCCUGCCGGCGCCACCAGACAAUGCGCUAAGAUUGACUUACAGACCGGCGCCACAAUCCGUACGUGCCUUGACGUGAACUCACUGGUACCUGACCAAAUCUGUGACGCUCUGCAGAGAUCGACCUCCGAAUUCCGUGACCCCGGCAGACAGAUCAGACACUGCAGCAUCUGCAGUACAGAACUUUGCAAUGGAGCUGGUUCAGCAACCUUCUCCCUUCCUUUGGCAACUCUCGCCCUUAUCGCCUCAUACUUGUAUUAUAAGCAAUAAUAUAGUAAACAACUAAAUAUAACUGUUCCUUUUGCAACAAAAAAAUAUGUAAAGAGAGCUUGUGUACUUUUAUGUAACUUAAAUAUUAAUCGUGUAAAGAUAAAG